GGGUGCGCAGGGGCCGUAUUCUGUAGCGGUUCCUUUGGGAACCGGUUCCUUUGGGCUGUUGCCAUUGGUCGGCGUUUCGUUGUCGUCAUCCCUGGUGGGCGGGACGACAAAUUUUGAUGACGUCACACAGGUUGCCAAUCUUCUGGAAAGGAACCGGUUCCCUGCUAGGAGAGGAACCGCGGAGAAGUGGUUCUCUCGAGGGUCGCGCGCGGGGGCAAGCAUGAUGUCGAGGGUUGCUAGGGCAACCGUGGCUGCCGGCUAACCUCGCGCCAGCUGACGAGCCGGCACCUAGACGAGACGAGACAGAGACGGCAAUGGCGGCUCCUUUGGUUGUGUUGCUGGGGAGUGCCGAAAGACAACGACGCGACGAGAGGCAACGACGCGACGCGUUCGGCAUGGCCGAAGAAGAGUUUCGAAGGCAUUUUAGGCUCUCCAAAGACAUAGUGUGACGUCUUUGUGAUGAGCUGGAAGGACAUCUCGGACCUCAAAGAUUUCGUGGUGUCGACAUUACGAUGAAAGUGCUGUGCGCGCUGCGGUUUUUUGCCACCGGGAGCUUUCAACAGUGCGUCGGGAAUGAAGAAGCGAUUGCACUGUCGCAGCCUUCGAUCAGCCGGAUCAUUACAGCCGUCGCCAAGGCCAUUACGGUUGUGGGCAAAGAAAAAGGAUGGGUUAGAUUCCCAUCCACGGCGCAACAGAAAGCCGCCGUCAAGGAAGGCUUUCUUAGCCGUGGAAAAAUUCCAGGAGUUCUAGGAUGUGUGGACGGGAGUCUGAUAGCCAUCGUUCGCCCUAAGAAGCUCGGCCCCGGCGAAACGGAAUCGUACUGGAGCCGUAAAGGGUAUUACGCCCUCAACUGCAUGGUCGUGUGUGAUGCAAAGCUGAAUAUCCUGGCAAUUGACCCACGGUUUCCGGGAUCGUGCCACGAUUAUUUCGUUUGGAGGCAUUCUGCAUUUCGCCGCCGCCUCACUCGUGGCCUGUUACUUCAUGGAGAAGUCUUGCUUGGGGAAUCUGGGUACCCGCUAGAGCCAUGGAUCAUGACUCCUGUGCCUGGUCACCCAAAUCGCCUCACGGCAGAGGGGCGCUAUAAUGAGGCACACGCAUCAAUGCGAAAUGCCGUUGAGCGGUGCAUAGGAGUCGUCAAGAGCCGCUUCCGAUGCCUGCAGAGGUAUCGGGUGCUCCACUACUCGCCUCAGAAAGCAGCCACUAUUGUUGCAGCUUGUGCAGCGCUGCAUAACAUCUGCCUUGCAGCAGGCGUGCCUCUGCCAGACGACCCAGGUGACGACGGUGCACAUGACGACAGCGCACAGGAGCCAGCCCAGGCACAAGUGCCGCUUCAAGUACAGGUGCCACCGCAGGCGCACCCUGUACAGCCUUCUCGAGCUUUGUUUCAAAGAGGCCGUGCGGUGCGUGAAACCAUAGUUGGUGUGUUUCGGCUGCCCAGAAAUUUGCGCAUUGCCUACCUGCAAAGUGUGUGCCGGCGCAUUCGCUGGCAAAUGAGGUGGAGACAUGUGCUGGUGUAACAUAUUUUAUUUUUAUUAUCAUAAAAGUAAAUAGGCCGUGCACUUCAACAUAACACAUUGCGUGUGCUCACAUGUGGCUAAUCAUAGUAUGCUGCAUACUGCAGUAGUGGAAAGCACAUGAUUUGUCUAUGUUGAGCAUGACAGAUACACAUGCAGUGACAAAUAACCAUGUGCCAUUAUGUUACUCCUUUGCUUUGUUCACUGUGCUUUUGAAUAUUGUCUCGCCAGGGAAUUUUCUUUAAAUAAAGGUUAUUUCCAAGGUGAA